GCUGUCUGAACCGGUGCAAAAAACAAGAAAGGUUCUGUCUGUACAACGAGUUUCGUGUUUCACUCAGAUUUCGUUUCUCUCUCUCUCUUAUUAUCUCUCUUCUGAUCUUGAGAAAGAGAAUCGUUAAAAACCCCUUUGAAGGGAAUGCAGAGAGAUGGUCGGAACAUCGCCGGUGAAGACUAAGCUGUGUGAUCGGUUUAACCGAUCUGUCGGCGGCAGGAACUGCCACCGGAAACACGUCGAGGACGGGUGAUCCAUUUCAACACUCUCGAAUUCUCCGGACAUCGAAAGCUUAAUUAAACCUUUUUCUGUUUUAUUUUUCUUUUAAUUUAAAAUAAUCAUUGUAAUAAAAAAAAUAUGGUCGGAGCAAAACCUAUAGAGAAUGAAUCUGACGGUGGAGCAAGCACGGGUCUUCUCCACGGACGUUACGAGCUAGGCCGUCUUCUAGGCCACGGAACAUUCGCUAAAGUGUACCACGCACGUAACGUAACAACUGGCAAAAGCGUGGCGAUGAAAGUCGUCGGAAAAGAGAAGGUGGUGAAGGUCGGCAUGGUGGACCAGAUCAAACGAGAGAUCUCAGUGAUGAGGAUGGUGAAGCAUCCGAACAUCGUCGAGCUCCACGAGGUGAUGGCGAGCAAAACCAAGAUCUACUUCGCUAUGGAGCUCGUGCGAGGCGGCGAGCUGUUCGCCAAAGUCGCCAAAGGAAGGCUGCGCGAGGACGUGGCGCGCGUGUACUUCCAGCAGCUGAUCUCCGCCGUCGAUUUCUGCCACAGCCGGGGGGUUUACCACCGAGAUCUCAAGCCGGAGAAUCUCUUGCUUGACGAAGAAGGCAACCUCAAGGUCACCGACUUUGGUCUCUCUGCUUUCACCGAGCAUUUGAAGCAAGACGGGCUUCUCCACACGACCUGUGGAACUCCGGCGUACGUCGCGCCGGAGGUUAUACUGAAGAAAGGAUACGACGGAGCGAAGGCGGAUCUCUGGUCUUGCGGCGUUAUCCUCUUCGUGCUCCUCGCGGGUUACUUGCCGUUUCAAGAUGAUAAUCUUGUCAACAUGUAUAGGAAGAUCUACCGAGGAGACUUCAAGUGUCCUGGGUGGCUCUCCUCCGAUGCGAGGAGGCUCGUGACGAAGCUUCUGGAUCCGAAUCCGAAUACCCGGAUCACUAUCGAUAAGGUGAUGGAUUCACACUGGUUCAAGAAGUCCUCAACGAGAUCAAGAAACGAGCCAGUGGCCGCAACACCAGAGGCUGAGGAGGAUGUUGAUGUGUCCGUGCACAAGUCCAAGGAAGAGACGGAGACGCUAAACGCGUUUCACAUCAUUGCGUUGUCUGAAGGGUUCGAUCUCUCGCCGUUGUUCGAGGAGAAGAAGAAAGAGGAGAAGGUGGAGAUGAGGUUCGCGACGUCUCGGCCGGCGAGUAGUGUGAUAUCGAGCCUUGAGGAGGCGGCGAAGGUUGGGAAUAAGUUUGACGUGAGGAAGAGUGAGAGUAGAGUGAGGAUGGAAGGGAAGCUGAGUGGUCGGAAAGGGAAGUUGGCGGUGGAGGCGGAGAUAUUCGCGGUGGCUCCGUCGUUUGUUGUCGUGGAGGUGAAGAAAGAUCAUGGGGACACGCUUGAGUACAAUAACUUUUGUAGUACGGCUCUUAGACCAGCUCUCAAGGACAUCUUCUGGACUUCUACUACGCCUGCUUGAUUAUUAGUAUCUGUUUAAAUCUUGUGUGUUUUUAAUUCAUGUCUGUAAAAUAUUGUUGGGUUCUAGAUUCGGUUCUUGAUUCUUGUUCUUGAUUCUUAAAUGAGUAUCGUUUGAACUUUAAAUCGUGUAAAAAGGUUCGAGUCUUUUCAUCA